CAAUCUCUCACCAAAUCUUUUAGUCUCGCGAGAUGGAGUCCGGUAAUAGUAGCAGCAUGCAAUCUUCAAGCGGUGGUGGUGGUGGGGGAGUGGGGGGAGAAGAAGAGUAUGAUUCACGCGCCGCCGAUCAUUCCAUCUCCGCCCUCUUCGACCACCACGUGUCAUCUCUCCCUCCGCCGCAACAAAACCACCUUAACCUCCUCCAUUUCGACCAUAACAACAACCACAGCUCUCUAAUACCACAAACCUACUUCAACAACAACAACACUUUCUUACCCGUAAACCAACAGCCCGACCCGCUUUCUCAACCCGACCUCCGGACCUUCUCCGCCACGUCAUCACAUCCUCCUCCUAACAACGUAGGGGUAACCAAGAAGACAAAGAAAAGAUCACGUGCAUCAAGAAGAGCACCUACGACGGUUCUAACGACGGACACGUCGAACUUCAGAGCGAUGGUUCAAGAGUUUACCGGAAUCCCAGCGCCGCCGCUAUUCAACAACAACUCCGUCGUGAACACCACGCGCCUCAACACAUUCCUCGGCCUGUCUUCUUCUUCGCCAAACUCUUACAAUAACAACAAUCUCUUGUUACGACCUUUUGCUCAAAAGCUCAUACCAACGUCGUCGCCACUCUUAUCCGGAUCACAGGUUCAGCAAUAUCAAAACCCUAACAACGCUUUCGAGAAUAUGAAUCUACAGGCUCUUCUCCAAGCUCAUAUUACAAACCCUAGAAGCAAUGAUCACGAUCAGUUUGGUCUUGGUGUGAUGCAGAGUCCACCUGCUAAUCCUCCGAUGACAACUGAAGCGGCUAACGGGAACAUAGUCGGUGAUAAUGGAAGUUACGGUGGUUCCGAUCAUGAUCACAAUAAUGACGGUACUUGGUUAUGUUCAUCUUCCGACCAAAGAACUUAAAAAAUAUAUUAUUGUCCGAAACCAAAGCUAAUUUCUUGACAUGAUUAUUCAGAAAAUUAAACAUAGCACGUAUAGGAUGAUGAAGUUAUUCGUUAUUUAUUACUUAAGCAAUUAAUCUAUCCUUUUGUUGUCUUUAGUAUCAUGUUGGGGUGAGUAUUUGUUACGAGAAGGAUCUCAUUUAAAUUAAGUUUUGUUAUAUAUUUCUUAUAACAUAUAGCACCUUUUCAUCGUUAUGUUUAUGAUAACAGUUACUUGCAAAAAUUGAAAUUGAAAUUUCUUAACUA